UCAUCUCUUUCUCUGGAUUCACUCUGCUGCCGGCUCCGGCUCUCUCUACGGCUCUACGCGGAAAACAUACGCAGGACUCAGGAGAGAGUUUUCUUAUUCCGUUGAUUCAAGUCGAAUGAGUUCAAAUUUGGCGAAACAGUUCAGAGAUUGAUUUGAUGGAUUUGGAGACGGAGAAUAGAAUAGCUGCCAUUCUUUUGAAAGAGGCUGCAGAAAUUAGACGACAAGCUGAGAAGGAGGGUGUUCAUGCUUAUCUUAGGGCACCCCAGGUUAGGGGUCGCCCUAAUUCCCGUUUCCUAACAGCAACUGUUAUGGGUGUGCAACAAGCCAAUCGAACUGUGGAAGUAAAUGAGAUGUGGAAUAUACGCCAAAAAGAGCUGGAGCUAGAUAAGAGGAUUAACAAUAAUAAUAAUAAAAGAACGAGAGAUGAGAGGAGCAGACACUAUGAGACGAGUAGAAGCGCCAAGAAUGUUCAUAAUACCAAUGGCAACACUGCUUCAUGCUCAACAAGUAAAAGAGUAAUUGAAGAUUACAGUACAAAGGAGGAGGAGGAAGAUGAUAGAUGUUUAAAGGACGAAGAGAUUGAGGAAUUUUUGCAUUCAAGAACCAAGCGAGGGAGAGGUGCUGUUGGGUCGAGAAUGGAUGAACCAGGACCUUAUCUUCCAAAGCAGCACUUAUCAAGAAGCCAUGACUGGGAAGCUAUAGAGGAGCCAGAUCGUCGUGCGCUCGUGGGUCCCAAGAAGCCAGUAUUUUUAAAGGGAAGAUCUCGUGAAUCUUCUUCUUCUGAGGAUGAGGAAUCUGGUGACAGAAGUAAGAGAAGGAAGGAGAAAAAAGUGCAUUCUAAGAAGUCAAAGCAUAAAUCAAGGAGGGACAAGAAGGACAAAGAGAGAAAAGAUAAGAAGAAGGAGAAGAAGAAACAUAAAGAAUACUACAAGUAAGAGAUCUCUCAUAAUAACUUUAUACCUAGAAUUGUUGGUCCCAAAUCCCAUUAUAUGAGAAUUAUUGCUUGCAAAUUUCUACAAAUAUUGUCACUUUAAUCAUACAUUCUUGAAUAUUAUUUGAUUUGACGAGUAGUGUCUUGAUGGAUUUGUAGAUGGUUGAGUUGGUUCAUUUACAAUCUUUUUUUGAAAGGUGAA